AUGACGACACGGCUAGUACAAACGACACUGACUGGAACACCGGCAGAAGUUAGAUGUAAGUGCGGGAAAAUCUGUAAGAACCUCAGGGGUCUACGGAUUCACCAGGCAAGAUCGGCAUGUGGUCAAAAGGCAUCCCAGAAGCAGCGCACAAGUUUAAUCCUUGGUGAGACGCAGGAGGACACUAGUCAGGAGGCUACCCACAGAACUAGAGACCUCUCUGCAGAUGAGAUGCCAUCUGACAGCACACAGAUUCCUGAUGAAUCCCAGAUUGAUCAUCUCCUUGAGUUACUUCAAACCCAAGAUGACUCUGAACCAGUAAAAGAAGUACCGCAUAAGACCCCACCAGCAACACCAGAGGAGGAAAAGAGACCAAGAAUAGAGUGGCCAAAGACUUCGAAUAAAAAGGCAUGGACAGACUUUGAUCACGAGCUAGAUCUUAUCCUGGAAGCAACUCUACAAGGGGCAGUUGAGAGAAAACUAGUGGCCAUGACAAGCCUAAUUUACACGGUUGGCAAAGAACGAUAUGGAGUCUAUGUACCCAAACAUUCCAAACCGUCAAGUCAACCCAACAGGAGAGAGAGGCAGAUACAGGCCAUUAGACAAGAGCUUAAGAAACUGAGAAAGGCAUAUAGAAACGCCAAAGACGAGGAGAAACUUGGAUUGCAAGAGCUACGAGACUUGCAGAGAAAGCAACUGAGGGAACUCAGAAAAGCAGAGACAGCAAGAAAGAACAGACGAAAGAGAGCACAACAAAAGACUUCAUUUAUAGCCAACCCAUACAAGUUCUCCAAAAAGUUGCUAGACAAGGAGAAAUCAGGCAUCCUCAACAGCUCAAUGGAGGAGAUACAGACCCACCUGAGGGAUACACACUCUGACACCAGAAGAGAUGACCCUUUGGGCCCAUGUGCACACAUCAUGCCUGAACCAGCUCCAACUAUAGCACUUGACAGUAAAGAACCCACCCUGGCUGAGGUGAAAGAUGUAGUGAAGAAAGCUAGAGCUGGCUCUGCCCCAGGACCUAAUGGAAUACCAUAUAAGGUCUACAAGAUGUGCCCAAGACUGCUUCGUCGCCUUUGGCGCCUAAUUAAGGUGGUAUGGAGAAAAGGACAGGUACCCGAGUGCUGGCAGAAAGCAGAAAGCCUAUUUGUCCCUAAGGAAACAAACUCGCACAACAUUAGCCAGUUCAGGACAAUAUCACUUUUAAAUGUGGAAGGCAAUUUCUUCUUUGCUGUUCUCGCUAGAAGACUGACCACAUACCUUACUGCUAACAAAUAUGUGGAUACUUCAAUCCAAAAAGGAGGUGUGCCUGGAUUUUCUGGUUGUGUAGAGCACACAAGCGCUUUAAGCCAGCUGAUACGUGAAGCGAAAGUGAACCAACAGGAUUUGACAGUAGUAUGGCUAGACCUAGCCAAUGCAUACGGCUCCAUACCACACCAGCUAAUACGAAGAGCGCUGGAUCACUAUCACAUACCAGCACAUGUACAGAAGAUUGUCCUAGGGUACCUAGACAACAUUCAGCUGCGCUUCUCAGUGAGAGAGAAGAUAACAGAGUGGCAGAGGCUUGAGAAGGGAAUCAUUACUGGCUGCACCGUUUCCGUUGUCCUAUUUGUCAUGGGCAUGAACCUCAUCCUGAAUGCUGCCAAGAAGGAAACCCGUGGACCAAAAACUGCGUCAGGGAUCUACCUACCAAGCAACAGGAGCUUCAUGGAUGACUUGACUAUAACAACCCAGACACAUGUGCAGGCUAGAUGGGUCCUCUUAGCUCUUGAGAGUACAACAUCUUGGGCAAGAAUGAAAUUCAAGCCAAAGAAAUCCAGAAGCCUUAUCAUCAAGAAAGGCCAGUCAACCAAGAAGUUCAACCUCCAGGUACAGGGAGAAGACAUACCAUCUAUCAUGGAUAUGGAGGAGUUCAAGGCAUCAAAGGCACGGCUGGUGGUAACUCUGAAAGAAUCCCGAGAUGAUAAGAUCAGGAAAGCUGGCAUAGAGACAAGAACAGGGAGAAAGUGGUCAGCCAGCCAGGCAGUGACCCAGGCAGAAAGUAGACUUAGGCAGAAAGACAUUGUUGGAACAACCACUAGCGGGCGCCAAGGUCUUGGAAUCUCAACAUGUCCUAGAUGGAGCCAAGCAGCCAGUGGGGAAAAAAGGAAAAUGGUAGUAGAUGAAGUGCGGAAGAUGGAAGAAGAAGAGAGAAGAUCUAGAGCAGUAGCCAUGGGCUCACAGGGAGCAUGGACAAAAUGGGACACCACACCAAGGAAGAUGACAUGGGGCCAGAUCUGGAAGUAUGAGCCUUUGCGAAUCAGCUUCUUACUGCGGUCGGUAUAUGAUCUGCUACCCUCACCAGCUAACCUACACAGAUGGGGAAUGCAAGACAGCCCAUCAUGUCAACUGUGUAACAGAACUGGAAGCAUGGAGCACAUACUAUCGGCAUGCAGCACAGCACUCACGCAAGGCAGAUAUAGAUGGCGCCAUGACCAAGUGCUUCGAGAUAUGGCAGACAUUCUUGAAAGACAGCGAAUGAAGAAGAGAAAACAGCCACAGCCAAAAACCAUCCACUUUGUCAAGGAAGGCCAGUCAGCACCUAAAGGCAAAAGAACAACAUCUUCAGUACUUGACGAAGCUGACAAUUGGAACAUGGCUGUUGACCUACAGAAAAAGCUUGUCUUUCCGGAGGUAGUACAAACCAAUCUCAGACCCGACAUUGUCAUCUGGUCCAAGACUGCAAAGCACCUGGUGAUGAUUGAAUUGACAAUCCCAUGGGAAACAAGGUGUGAAGAAGCCUACGAGAGGAAGAAAACCAAGUACUCUGAUCUCAUGGACCAAUGCAGACAACAAGGAUGGAGAACCUGGCUGUUCCCUGUUGAAAUAGGAGCAAGGGGUUUCCCAGCCAAUUCACUAUGGAAGAUGUUGGGCGCCAUGGGACUCAAGGGCCAUGAGAGAAGGACUGCUGUGGGCAGACUAGAAAAAUCAGCUGAAAGGGCAUCCAGUUGGCUAUGGUCUCGAAGAGAUGAGAGGAGCUGGAAGCCAGUCACCAACACGUAG